CAGCAUCCUGGCAUGAUGCAUCCAAACAUGCCCAUGAGCAACAUCGGUAUGCCUGGCAUUGCCAUGCCAACGAUGCCGCCGGGUAUGCCGCCCGCGCCGUUGCCGGGCGCGCCGCCGCUGCCCGCCGCGCCGCCGCCAGGUAAGUACCCAGUGACCUUGCUCGGUAAGAGCGGCCCAAGUGUAAGGCGCAUCUAACGCCGCGUGCCUGUGCUCGCUGUUGCAGGCGCUGACGCCGCCGCCGCCGCCCGCCGCCGUCUACUCGUCUCGUUGUGUUCGCCAUGAGAAACAUCUCCUCAGUGAUCAGUGUUUCUGCUUUCUGUUUCAGACUAGAUAUUAAGUUAGGUUUUUGCGUUACGCUUCGAGCAACGCCGCCCGCCGCCGCCGCCUGCUGCAUCACAAUGCGGGGACUUCAACGCACCUAUCUACGAUUUGCAGCAGAUCGGCGAUGUCUACACUGGUAAGAAUUUUCUGGGUCCUGGCGCCAAAUGCUCAACACUCCCAGCGAUCCUCGGCGGUUCGCUACCUCGUCUCUCCAGUGAGCAGGCGGACGCGGUCGCCCGCGCCAAGAAGUACGCCAUGGAGCAGAGCAUCAAGAUGGUCCUGAUGAAGCAGACGCUGGCACAUCAGCAGCAACAGAUGGCCUCGCAGAGGACGCAAGUGCAACGGCAACAGGCGCUGGCCCUCAUGUGCAGAGUAUACGUUGGCUCCAUCUCGUUCGAGCUAAAGGAAGACACGAUCCGCCAGGCGUUUUUGCCAUUCGGCCCUAUCAAGAGUAUCAACAUGUCGUGGGAUCCCGUCACACAAAAACAUAAGGGCUUUGCAUUCGUCGAAUACGAGAUACCAGAAGCGGCGCAGCUCAGCUUGGAGCAGAUGAACGGCGUGAUGCUGGGCGGGCGGAACAUCAAGGUCGUGGGGCGGCCUAGCAACAUGCCGCAGGCUCAGGCCGUCAUAGACGAGAUACAGGAGGAGGCGAAGCAGUACAACCGUAUCUACGUAGCGUCAGUUCACCCGGAGCUUAGUGAAGACGAUAUCAAAAACGUGUUUGAGGCGUUUGGGCCCGUCACGUACUGUAGGCUGGCGCAUGGUGCGCAGGCUACGAGGCAUAAGGGCUACGGAUUCCUAGAAUACGCAACAUUAAACGCCGCGCUAGAAGCCAUCGCGUCGAUGAACCUGUUCGACCUGGGCGGGCAGUACUUGCGCGUGGGCCGCGCCAUCACGCCGCCGCACGCGCUGGCCGGCCCGCCGCCGCCGCAGGCCAUGCCCACCGCGGCCGCUGUUGCUGCUGCCGCCGCUACGGCCAAGAUACAGGCGAUGGACGCCGUAGCCAGCAACGCCGUAGCAUUAGGUCUCACGAAGCUGAACGCCCUCGGCGUGCCGCCGGCCGCCGCACUCCCCACUCUGGCGGCGGCCCUGCCCGGCGCGCUGCCCGCCAACCUGCCCGUCACGCUGCCCGCGGCGCUGCCGGCCGCGCUGCCCGUGACGCUGCCGACGGCGCUGCCCGUGACGCUGCCGGCCGCGCUGCCCGCCGCGCUGCCGCCGCCCGGCGUCGUCAUCCCGCCGCCGCCCGUGUCCGCUAGACCGCAGCCGCCCCCACAGACCCAACCGCCACCAGUAUCAGCCGCGUCCGCAGCGGCCACAGGCGAAGCCGGUCUCCAAGCAGCCCUACAGAAGAAACUCCUAGACUCCUCCCCCGACACGCUGCAGCAACAGGAGUCCCUGUCCAUCUCGGGGCAGUCGGCGCGGCACCUCGUCAUGCAGCGGCUCAUGCGGCGCCGCGUGUCGCGCACCGUGCUGCUCGCCAACAUGGUGGCGCCCGAGGAGGUGGACGAGGCGCUGCACCACGAGAUACAGGAGGAAUGCGGCAAAUGGGGCGCAGUUGAACGGCUAGUAAUCUACAACGAGCGGCAGAGCGAGGACGAUGACCCCGCGCACGCACUAGUCAAGAUAUUCGUGCAGUUCCAAAACCCCGACGAGGCGGCAGCGGCGGCGGCGGCGCUAAACGGCCGCUACUUCGGCGGCCGCACCGUGCGCGCCGCGCUCUACGACCAAGAGCUCUUUGACCACGGCGACCUCUCCGGCUAGUGUCCACCCUCACCGCUAGGUGGCGCUAUGUACAUACUCCUAUUAUAAUCUAGGUUCAAAAAUCGAGACGGAUGCUAAUAACCCGAAAGACACAAAAACGCUCGGAGCUUCGCUAAAUGGCGCUGGCGGUGACACCGCUGUACUUCUGUAUCAAUAUAACAGCUCACUCUGCUGACGUUAUUGACUGAGCUAAUUCAAUCGAGAAUAGUUCUUCGUGACUGAAGCUUAAGGUAUAUGUUCCAUUGACGGAAUAGAAAUGUUCAGAGGACAGAAAAACCGGAAAUAUGCAUCAAGAAACGCGACCGCCACUUUAAAAUGUCCUAGUUUCAAAAUAGCGGCAUUAGCCUACGAAAUUAUAAAUAGAAAAUCUGUCUUCAACUCUUCAUUUGUCAAAGGAACACUAUACCCGAAGCGGUAGAGUCUGGCUAAAUUAACUCUGCAGGGGAUUAGCAGUGACAAAGUGUGCUAUCGUUAAUGUCAAAUUUCUUUGAAAAUAUGACGUUUACACUUUACAAUGAGAGAUCCUUUGUUCUGAUCAGGUCGGUGCAAAGUUAGCUUAGCCGGAAUCUAAGCUCCUGUAGUAAACGACUGGCAGAUUUUAUGGAUCUAUUAUUAUGAAAUGUUCUCAUCGACGUUCCGUUUUACUUAAUCAAUUGUAAACGGACUGUCGCAAAAAAAAAAAACAUUUCAUAAGUAGGCCACAAUGGAGACGCCAUGUCUAAAAUUUUCGGUACAAAAUAGUCUGCCGUUUUUUGCGGGGGAGGGGCACAUCAAAUGUAUAGGUACGUCAUGUCAGAUAAACGUCAGUCCAUACAUAUGGUUGACAUGUGGUUGACCAUUGGCCGCCUAUUUUCGACAGAGGGGAACGCCUGUUAAUGGCGGCUCCAUUGGCCACGAGUACUGCGAUACUGGCUGUAAAAUAUAUUCGAAUAGUAAUGUAAUAGAACGCGUAAAACUUUGUUCCUUUUUCGUAACUAUCGUGAUCAAUACGGUAUAAGCAUAGGAAAUUUGCUAGGCAAUAUUCAACCUUGCUAUAAAUUAUUGUCUCAAAGACGUAGUUUUUCUACAUAAUUAUUUAGACAUAAUUUUAACUGACAGAAUUUAUACUGUUAAAAUUGAUCUUUAAUGUAUAAAUAUUAUAAGUUGACUUUAUCUAUGUAUAAAUUGUAUUUCGGCUUCAUAAAUUCAAUCUAGCUGUUAAAUCAAAUGUUACGAAAAUGGAACAACGAAAAAACCAUGUAAACGGGUAAAAAAUUAAUGAAAUUAUCCAUGGAAUAGCGUCAAUACUUUUAUGUAUUGAAAGUUGUAUACAAAUUUUUGACUUAAGUUUGAUAGACUGUAAAAUGUUACUUGGUACUGUCAGAACGAAUUAGUAGCAAAAUGUCUAACAAGAAAAAUAAUAAGAUUGUGUGGAUAUAGGUUUCGGACAUGACAGUAUUGAAAGUAUUGACAGUGACACAGUUGGGCCCUUUCGGGACCCUAAAAAUCAGUCAAUGCUAGAAAUUAUUCUCUUGUUGGACAUUCUUACACUAGCGUGUUUUAACAAGCCUGAGGAGUGGUGACGAAAAGAUCUAAGUAUAAUAAAACUAGUUUUACGUAUGAUUAUGAUAAUUGUUAAUAAAUUAAAUUACUUGUAAGAA